AAAACCUUACCCAGAGCCAGGCAAACACACUCACUCACAUCCUCAGUGGCUUUGUGCAUCCAGGUCUGCCAAGACAACUCCACCCACCCCUUCUCUCUCUGCAAAAAGUGAACAAACUAGCACAGAGAAACGUAAAGAAGACCAAAUCUCAGCUGUGAAACAUUUCAGCAGAUCAGUAAUGGCCUGGAUCAGUAAUAUCUCCUGGUUAAACCACCUCGCUCUACAGGAAGAACGUUUCAGGGGGUACUUAAACAGCACUGAGGAUUACUUAGCCUUCCUAUGUGGGCCCAGACGGAGCCACCUGUUCCUGCCCAUGGCUUUGGUGUACACCCUGAUCUUCAUUGUUGGGGUGGUGGGGAACUUCUUAGUUUGCCUCGUAAUCCUCAAGCACCAGAACAUGAAGACCCCGACCAAUUAUUACCUCUUCAGUCUGGCGGUCUCGGACCUGCUCGUGCUGCUUUUCGGGAUGCCGCUGGAAGUCUACGAGAUGUGGAGCAACUACCCCUUCCUGUUCGGGCCCGUCGGCUGCUACCUGAAGACGGCGCUCUUUGAGACGGUGUGCUUCGCCUCCAUCCUCAGCGUGACCACGCUCAGCGUGGAGAGGUACAUCGCCAUCCUCCACCCCUUCCGUGCCAAGCUGAAGAGCACCCGCAGGCGAGCCCUGAGGACCAUCCUGGUGCUCUGGGUCCUCUCUGUCCUCUUUGCCCUCCCCAACACGGGCACCCAUGGCAUCAUGCUGCAGCAUUUCCCCAACGGCACCCUGGUCCCCGGCUCUGCUACCUGCACUGUGGUCAUGCCCUUGUGGAUCUACAACUGUAUUGUCCAGAUUACUUCUCUUCUCUUCUAUGCGCUGCCCAUGGGGGUAAUAAGUGUGCUGUACUAUCUGAUGGGGCUAAGAUUGAAAGGAGAUGAAACUUUGGAAGUAGAGGAAAUGGCUGUGAAUGUUCAGAGACCAUCCAGGAAAUCAGUCACAAAGAUGUUGUUUGUACUCGUGAUAGUUUUUGCUAUCUGUUGGGCUCCAUUCCAUAUAGAUCGACUUUUCUUCAGCUUUGUUGUGGAAUGGACUGAGCCUUUGGCUAACACAUUCAACUUAAUCCAUGUGGUGUCAGGUGUUUUCUUCUAUCUGAGCUCUGCCACGAACCCCAUCAUUUACAACCUGUUGUCUCAGCGCUUCAGGAUGGCUUUCCUCAGUGUGAUUUCUCCUUGCUGCAAGCACUGGGCCCCUGAGCAUCCCACCUGCAAGAUUUCUGCCCAGAAGAGCAUGUUUGUGAUUGAGGGUCACAAUCUCAUGGACUCUGCUGAAUACAUGAGUGCCCCUGGCACACACAGGACAUCUGUCAGCAGUUCUCAACUCUCCACUGGUCUGUGACUUUCCAUGUGAUGAUCCAGGUGAGAGAGGAGUUAAAGAAAAUUGCUUUAAGAAAACAAAAAGAGAAGAGACUUUCCUAAAAGACUGAUUUCAGCAAGAAAAGAUUGGAGAGGUGUUUCAUUGAGUAAAUUAAGGAGAAGAUUGUAUUUAACAUAUGUUUGAGAAGCACUAUAUUACACUCAAGCUAAUAGUAGGGAUGGGAAUCUCAGCUUGCUCACUGCAAGCUGUGCCAGUGAAGAGCUGCUUUUAAAAAGUGAGACACACUCCUAAUGUUAUCAGCACAGGAGAGAGACACAGCUUAGCCAAGCCAAUGGCUUUUUGUGCACCAACCUAAACAUCAGUGUUUACUUACUUUGAAAUGAGGCAACUUGCUGCAUAAGCCUUAUCUAUCUAGGUUUGGGUAAACCAGUCCCACUUCUGUCUCCUAUGACCUUCUUGAGGUAUGGCUGUUGCAGACCUCUCUUGUCAACAUGAGCAAGUAGGCAAGAAUGAGAGUAGCUCUGAGCUGGGCUGAUAGGCAUCAGAAACCAGCAAUAGCUAUUUCUGGGCCAGAAGAAUGAGGGAGCCAGUAAUUUUAAAAUAAAUGCAAAGCGAAACCUUUGCGUUCUGAGCAAGGCAAAGAUCUGGGUGGGGGGUAGUGAUUAAUG